AUGGUUAAGGUGGCAGAGCAGGAGGUGAUACAGGCGGAAAACUGUUUUGAUGAGGACCCUUCGGUUCAGCAUCAAAUUUGUUUAAGUGAGCGGCGGGCUAGGCUGAUUCAGACGCAGGCAAAUGAGGAUUCGUUUUGGCGGCAGAAGGCGAGAAUCAGAUGGUUAGCGGAUGGGGAUAAAAAUUCAAAAUUUUUUCAUGCAACGGUGGCUGAACGUAGGAGUAAAUCCGUUAUUCAUCGUAUUAAAUCUUCUGGCGGGGAUUGGCUUUGUAGUGAAGAGGAUAUUGGGAGAGAGGCUGUUAGUUUUUUUCAGGGCUUGUUUUCGGAUCAGUCGGGUACGAAUAAUUUUCAUGGGUUAGAUGUGAUCCCCAAAGUGGUGACGGAGCGGGACAAUGAGGAAUUAGAACGUUUCCCUUCUCUAGAGGAAGUUAAGGAAGUCGUUUUCUCCAUGGAUGCGGAUAGUGCUGAGGAUGUUUUUGCAGCUGUUUGUCGGUUUUUUGGUGGAGCUGAGUUACCGAAAAGUAUUACCGCCACAUCCAUUGUUCUUGUCCCCAAAGUUAGCUCUCCUCAGGAUUUUUCGCAGUUUCGCCCAAUUAGUUUGUGCUCCUUUGUGAAUAAAAUUAUUUCUAAAUUACUGGCGAGGAGACUAGCUAAGCUGUUGCCGGGUAUUAUCUCUCCUAACCAGAGUGGUUUUGUUCAAGGUCGGCAAAUGGCCGAUAAUUUUUUAUUAGCUCAGGAGUUAAUUUCUGGCAUUCAGAGGCCUUGUCGAGGAGGUAAUGUUGUUCUCAAACUUGACAUGGCUAAGGCCUAUGACAGGGUUUCGUGGCCUUUUUUAAUGCAAGUGUUGCGUCGAUUUGGAUUUGGUGAACGGUGGAUUGAUAUGAUCUGGCGGUUGGUGUCCAAUGUGUGGUUCUCGGUGAUCAUUAAUGGAUCUCCCAAGGGGUUUUUUAAGUCGACCAGGGGAUUACGGCAGGGCGAUCCUAUCUCACCGGCACUGUUUGUUGUGGGUGCAGAGGUGUUGUCUAGGUCAUUAAAUGCUUUACUGGGUCUUCGAGCGUUUGUUCCAUUCAAAGUUCCUAGGGGUUGCCCGCCGAUUACCCAUCUGGCGUAUGCAGAUGAUGUCAUCAUUUUUUGUAGCGGUUUGAAGGCCUCUUUACAAGUAAUCCUGCGUACUUUGGAUGCCUAUUGCAGUAUAUCGGGCCAGCAGGUGAACUAUCACAAGAGUUGCUUUCUUGUUGAUCGGAAACUGCCUUUGGCGCGUAAACGAGCUAUUGCUCGGGUUACAGGUUUUCAGGAGAGGUCGUUUCCCAUUAAGUACUUGGGGUGUCCGUUAUAUGUUGGGAGGGCGAAACUGUACUUUUUCUCAGAGCUCUGCAAUUUGGUGUCGAGGCGUGUGUUAUCCUGGUCUGGUAGAUUGUUGUCGUCUGGUGGUAAGUUGGUUCUGAUCAAAAGUGUUCUCUCCUCUAUUCCUAUUCAUAUUAUGGCGGCUUCUAUGGUCCCUAAAGGGGUAGUCCGCCAAUUGGAACAAAUCUUUAGUAGCUUCUUAUGGGGUAACUCGGAUUUCGGCCCUCGGUUUCACUGGAUUAAAUGGGCAGCCCUGACUAAGCCUGUUGAGGAGGGAGGAGCUGGAUUGCGAUCGCUACAGUCGAUUUUUGAUGCUUUCUCUUUAAAGCUUUGGUGGUCUUUUCGCUGUAACACCUCCUUAUGGGCGUCCUUCAUGCACGCUAAGUAUCUCAGUGACAGGCUCCCGUGUCAGGCAGAUGUGGUUCGGGGGCAGUCUGGUAUCUGGAGAAGGCUGGUUGGCGUCAAAUCGUUAGCGGAUUCUCAUGUUCGCUGGGUUUUGGGCAAUGGAGCAGUGGAUUUUUGGCAUGAGAAUUGGAUGGGAUCUGGUCCGUUAUGCGACAAGGUUGAGAUUUUUGGGACUCACUCUGUGGCGAACUUUGUUGACCAAGGUCGUUGGAAUAUUUCUAUGUUGCGUCAUUGGCUCCCUCCUGCUAUUGUUUCAUCCAUUCUGGGUAUCUCUCCUCCUGUCUCGCAGCGGCCAGAUGAGAUGGUUUGGGAUUUAACCGAGUCGGGUGUGUUUUCAAUUGCAUCUGCUUAUCAGUUGGUGCGGCAGCCUGCUAUUAGGUCGGCUUUUUCUGCGGCUAUUUGGCAUACGUUACUUCCCUCUAAAGUGUCUUUUUUCAUGUUGCGGUUGGUUGCGGCACGGCUCCCCGUCUUGGAGACGCUUCGUCGUUUUGCGGUGCAUGGCCCCUCUCGGUGCUCCUGCUGUGAAGCUCCUGCGGAAGAAACCUUAGAUCAUAUUUUUUGCAAUGGGGAUUUGCCCAAACGAGUUUGGAAUUCGUUUACAAGUGGGGUGGGUGGGCGUUCCUGUGUUUCCACGGUGCGGCAUGCGCUGGCGCACCUUUGGAGGGCUCGUGAUUUGAGGGUUUUUGAAGGUAAGGGAAUUUCCUCCCAUCUCAUUCAUUUGAGGGUUGUGGGGGAGCUCCGAGAUAUUCUCUCUUCCCACUUUCCUUGCCUGGCGGGUCAUAGGUUGUCUUGGGAAGAGCUUAUUGGGUUGGCUUCUAGGUGUCGUAGAGCGAGUACGGUACGUUGGGUAAAAUGGAGGACUUCGCCUAUUCUCCUUCCCAAAUUGAAUGUUGAUGGUUGUUCGAGGGGUAAUCCUGGUACAUCUGGCGGGGGUGGUAUUUUGCGGGAUACGGCGGGGUGCUUUGUCUUUGCUUUCUCUUGCUUUUCUGGCGAUGUGACUAGUUUGCAUUCAGAACUAAGAGCUAUGCUAUAUGGGGUGAAGCUGUGUGUGCAACGCGGCAUUAUUCCUAUUCAUGUGGAGUCUGAUUCUUUGCUUUUGGUCCGGAUGGUGCGAGGGGAGCUCAGGGUUCCUUGGUUUUUGCGACGAGAGUUUGAGGAGCUGAUUGCAUUCCGGCAUCAUUUACAUGCGGUGACUCAUUGUUUUAGAGAGGUCAAUAGGGUGGCUGACAGAUUGUCUAAUGUUGGAGCUGACUCUGGCUCUGAUAGGGUUUAUGAGACGUUGGCUUUACUUCCAUUGUUGGUUAGAGGGGAUUGUCAAAUGGAUGCUUGGGGGAUGCCUAUAGUUAGAAGGGUUUGA